AUGCCCGCGUGGAGGAAAUGGCUAAUUGUCUUUGUUACUUCAUUUGGAAGUUUCUGCGUCACUUGCGCAAGCUCCAUUUACACGUCCACUUACACUCAAAUGGAUGCUGAAUUUGGAAAUUCCAGGAUCGUUGCGACACUUGGUCUUUCGCUCUUCGUUCUGGGAAUCGCACUAGGCCCUUUGUGGAGCCCGUUGAGUGAAUUCUAUGGCCGUAGACCGAUUUACCUGGUUGCCUUCUUCGUUUUCAUGAUAUGGAUCAUUCCAUCUGGUGUGGGAAAGAACAUUGAGACUGUUAUAAUUUCACGGUUCUUCCAGGGCCUCUCUGGUUCCGCCUUUUUAUCAGUUGCCGGUGGAACCGUUGGCGAUUUGUUCUCGAGAGAGAACAUGCUUGCUCCGAUGACCGUUUUCACCAUUGCUCCUUUCGUUGGACCAUCGAUUGGACCUCUCAUCGGAGGUCUAAUCAACACAUACACGGACUGGCGGUGGACACACUACGUCCUAAUCAUCUGGAGUUUCUUCCUGUGGCUCGCCCUAUUCUUUUGCGUUCCUGAGACAUACCAUCCGGUGGUUCUCAGAAACAAAGCCCGACGGAAGCGCAAGGAGACGGGAGAUGAACGAUGGAAGGCGCCAAUUGAGAAGUCGAAUAGAUCUAUGCUGAAGACCGUGGGCUAUUCGCUACUUCGACCAUUCCAGAUCCUCAUCUUUGAGCCGAUGGCUCUCAAUCUGGACAUAUAUUCGGCGAUUCUCCUAGGUAUCCUUUACCUUUUCUUCGGAGCCUUCCCGCUGGUCUUCAAGACUAAUCAUGACUUCAACCUUUGGGAGGUUGGUCUGGCAUUCAUUGGCAUGUUUGUCGGCAUGGUCAUAGCCGCUUUCACAAGCCCUGUGUGGUACAAUAUCCGUGAAAAGCUGAUUGAGAAGAAUGGCAAGAGCGAGCCUGAGUUCCGUCUGCCCUCGGUCAUUGCAGGAUCAAUCCUCGUACCCAUAGGCAUGUUCUGGUUUGGAUGGACCACCUAUCGCUCGAUACAUUGGAUUGUGCCUAUUAUCGGAUCAGCUGUCUUCGGAGCAGGGACGCUGCUUGUGUUCAACGGAGUAUUCACGUUUCUUGUCGAUGCCUACCCUCUCUAUGCUGCUAGCGCUCUGGCCGCCAAUGCGUUCGUGCGAUGCACAUUUGCAGGUGAGCACUGUCUCGGCUGGAGCAACGUCCUUGCCGUCCAGCUGGGUCGUUUUACCUGA